AAUUUACUUGUGUUUUAUAUGGCGAUAUCCGGUUUAAUACAUAGAAAGAAAGAGAAAGAAAAAAAUUUUGGAAUAUUGAAAAAUAGGGUAUUUGCAAAAACAUUGCACUUGUGACUAUCAAGAAUAUUAUUAUAGAGAUUUCAUUGCUAUAAAGUUUGCUAUUAAAUCAGUUAUUUUUUUGAGAAUUGUGUAGUAAGUCCUUGUAAAUAUAUAUACGUAAAAAGAGAGGUUAAUAUCACAACAAUUUAGUAAUUCAAGUAGCAAGGUUUUUUCAAACAACAACAAUGAAUCCAACUAAAUCAAAAUUAUCAAAGAGUAUUUUACAAAUGAAGUUUAUGAAGAGGACAAAAGAAAAAGUUGAAAAACAGAUGAUAGAGAAAGAAGGAGAAGAAUAUUUCAGUGGUCAACUUUCAAUUCAGAUGAAAAAUGAAUCAGAGAAAUUUAUCAUUGAGCCCAGUUACGUGUUUUGUGAAAAAUUGAUUGAUGGUAGACUGAGUUUCCAGGGUAUGAAUCCUGAAUUAGAAAAAUUGUUAGAAAUAGAAAAUGUUGAUAAGCAGAUAGAAUUGGAGAAAAAACAAGAAGCAGAUGUAACAGAUGAACAAAUGGUAAAACAAUGGAUAAAUCUUAGAAAAAAGAAGAACAAAUUUAAAAGAACAAAAAAAAUAAAAAAUAAUAUUAAUCAACCUUUGAAUAAAAACCCAAAAUUUUUAAAACCAAUUGAUUAAUAUUAAAAAAUUUAUAGUGGUGUA